AUGGACGCCUUGCUCUCUGUCCCCGUCUUGGGCUACUUUCUCAUGCCAGGCUUGACGACGUACUCAACGAGUCUGAACCUCUUGUUCUUCUACAUGACCUGGAGCACUCUUGUCCUCUCCCAACCCCCUUUAAAAGUCGAAGUCGUAGCAGUCCUGGGCACUCGUCUACUCUUCUUCCUGGUGCCUUCGCUGUUCUUUCUCCUCUUCGAUUCGAUUAUACCCAGUGUCAGUGUCAGUUUCAAAACACAGGGUGCCGAUGGCUUGCCAACAAGAGGUAGAGGUGCCACACGAGGGGGAAACAGGACACAGUGGUAUCAAAUUAUCGGUGUCAGCCUCCUUAAUAUUCUCCUGAGUGCUGCUAUCCAAGCUGGGGUUGAAUUGCUGUUUACGGAGGUCUUUCAUAUUCGAAGCGCUUUGAAGGUUACAACAACUCUUCCUAUGCCCUGGUCAAUCGCCAAAGACGUCCUCCGAGGAUUGCUCCUUCGUGAAGUUAUUCAAUACUACUUUCAUCGAUUUCUCUUGCACGAAAACUCUAAUAUCCUAAGCAGGCUUCAUAGCUCCUGGUUUCAUUCGGUGACCGCACCAUACUCAUUCGUGGCUCAUUACGACCAUCCAGCAUCAUAUAUCUUCUUCCGAUUUCUGCCCACCUACCUCCCCUCCAUAAUCUUUCGGGUUCACCUCUUGACAUACCUCCUCCUUCUUGCCAUUAUUACCUUCGAAGAGACUCUCACUCUCUCUGGGUAUGCAAGUGUCCCAGGAAUAAUUCUAGGAGGUAUUGCACGGAGGCAAGACCUUCAUAGCGAAGGGCGAGGGAGAGGCAACUUUGCCCCUUGGGGGCUGUUAGAUUGGAUCCAUGGAACAAGUGUCGGAGGAGACGUUCUUGACGACAUGAAAGACGAAGCCGAAAAACAUCAAGUGAAAGAACGUGGCGGGAAGGCGUUGGAAAAUGCGAAACAGGGUGGUAAGGAAGGACUCAGGGGAUGGAACGCAAGAAGGAAGAGUUCAAAAAGGCGUAGUUGA